UAAUGCAGCCGGGUAUUUUUUUUUUCUUUCUUGCUCGGUCUGUCUUAAACGUCUGCAGACUGUUGUGGCUUGGUUAGAAUUCACUUUAGCCACUCGUGUUUUUAUGACAUGCUUUAGUCACUAGUGACAGACUGUGUAUUUUAGUAGAAACCCUGAAGUGUUUUACUAUUACCUAUUCUAGUCAGGGUGGCGUUGUUUAUAUCCGGCUAAAUCUCUUCAGAAGCCUCCCUGCUGUCGAGCUCCCGAGGACGGACAUGAGUUUGUUCAACCUUGAAAGGUUUCGUUAUCAGAAGGAGAAGACGACAGAACACGUCUUGCCGUCGGUCAGUUCACCCAAACAAGAGCGGUACAGACUGGUGAAUGACUGCAGCUCGGAGAAGGAGAAUUACCCGGAACGCCGAGUGAAACCGGACGGCAGACGAGGAAGAGGAAAAAUCCCCCGCCAUGCACUGGAGGAUGUGUCGUCUGAUGAUGAGGCCUGUAAAAGAGCAAGGGUCCCUACAACGCAAGCAUCGGCAAGGAAGGCCACGGUAUGUGAAAAGCAGACAAAUCUUGAGAUGGAAGAUAAACUGACCAAGCUUUUGGAAAUGUUUCCUCAGAGGAGCAGAAGUGAAUUGCAGGAGGUGAUUGAGAGUACCAGCACACUGGAGGGAGCCAUAGCAUAUUGCUUGGUGGCCUACAAAGAAAAGGAUUCAUCUAAGACAAAAGGCAGAGCAGCACACAGUGAUGAUGCUGAGAUGCAGCCAAAGAAGCGCAGGAAAACCGAGGAGCCGGAUAUUGAACCAGGGUCUGAAGAGGAGACCCAAAAGCCAAGCAGAGAAAAGAGAGAUAUCUUGGUGCAAAAACUCAAAAAGAAGUUUCCAAAAAUGGAAAAAGUGGUACUGAGAGACAUUCUAAGAGAGCAUGAGUGGGAUUUUGAAAACGCCUUGGGAUCAUUGCUCUUGUUUUCAUCAGAAUCAGACUCUAUCCCUGAAGAGAAUGAAAAGGUGAUGCCAAAACCUUCAAAGAGCAGCCAAGUAAGCAGUGGUGAUGGGAAGGAAAAGCCAACCUCCUCUAAUCUGGCAAGAUGGUUAACACCAGUAUCAAGUAAAUCUCCUUCAAGAGCAAAGUCCCCAUCUAAUAGUUCAACCUCAAGACAAGGCAAAACAAGUAGCCGUAAGCCUGAGAAAUUAAAAGCUGAAAGGUUAAAACCAGAACACAAGGAAGAAUCGGAUAACUCAGAACCUGACAGUGAGGUUGAGGAUGAGUCUGAUGAAUUUGACGUGGAAGGUGAGGAUAAUAGCUUUGAUUCCAGGGUCCAGGAGCAGAUAUUGAACUUUUUUCAGGAGUCUUCAGUGGAUGAACUAAGUUUGAUAUCUGGAUGCUCAUUGAAAAAAGCCCAGAAGAUUAUUUCGCUGAGACCAUUUAACACAUGGAAAGAUGUGAAUGAGCAGUUCCAUAAGGAUAAUGGCUUGUCUAUGGAUUUGGUACAUGGCUGUAAGAAUGUGCUAAAGGAAAGGCAAGUAGUGAAGCAACUCAUGAACAAGUGUGAGAGCAUAGCCAAGAAAAUGACCAAAGACAUUACUGGGGUUAUAGGCUUGGGCGGAAUGAAACAGCCGACCACCCUCAACAGCAAGUUGAAAUUACAGCCAUACCAGCUGAUAGGCUUAAAGUGGCUUAUUCUCUUACAUCAGCACAAUCUCAGUGGAAUCCUGGCUGAUGAAAUGGGUCUAGGAAAGACAAUUCAGGCAAUUUCCUUUUUGGCUUAUCUUUAUCAGAAGGGCAUUAAGGGCCCUCAUCUCAUCACUGUACCCUCAUCAACUGUCGAUAACUGGGUAAGAGAACUAGAGCUGUGGUGUCCCAGUCUGAAGGUCAUUGUUUAUUAUGGCUCUGUAGAGGACCGCAAAUACCUUCGCCAUGAAAUUCUCAACAACCAAGUAGAAUUCAAUGUUAUCGUGUCUACAUAUAACUUAACAAUAGGCAAUGAAAAUGAUCGCAGUCUUUUCCGCAAAUUGAAGUUGCAGUAUGCGGUGUUUGAUGAGGGCCACAUGUUGAAGAACAUGAACUCGCUCCGCUACCGCCAUCUCAUGGCCAUAAAUGCUGAACAGAGGUUGUUGCUCACUGGAACACCUUUACAAAACAACUUGCUUGAACUCAUAUCCCUGCUCAACUUUAUUAUGCCCUCCAUGUUCUCCAGCAGCACUUCACAGAUUUCCAAAAUGUUCUCCACGAAAUCAUCAGAAGAGGAAAGUAGUUUUCAUAAAGAGAGAAUCGCGCAAGCCAAGCUCAUCAUGAAGCCCUUUAUUCUGAGACGAGUCAAGAGUGAGGUACUGAAACAACUACCGCCUAAGGUGGAGAAGAUUGAAAUGUGUCCCAUGAGUGAAGCUCAGCAGCAGCUCUAUGACCGUCUCUUUAGUAGACUAAAGAACACUGUUAAUAAAGAGAAGCGGGAGCUCAGUAAUGUGAUGAUGCAGCUAAGAAAGAUGGCCAAUCAUCCUCUGUUGCACCGGCAGUACUAUACAACAGAGAAGCUUGCAGCCAUGAGCCGAGCCAUGCUGAAGGAACCAACACAUUUUGAUGCGGACCCUGCACUGAUCCAAGAAGACAUGGAGGUGAUGUCCGACUUUGAGCUGCAUAACCUUUGCAAAGAAUACAGCUCCAUCUCCAGGUUUCAGCUGGAAAAAGAGCUCCUUCUAGAUUCUGGAAAGUUUUCUUUGCUUACCAAGUUAUUAGGCACAUUCAAAGAGAAGGGUGACAGAGUAGUGCUCUUUAGCCAGUUCACCAUGAUGCUGGACAUUGUGGAGAUUUUACUUAAACACCUUGGUCACCAGUAUGUUCGACUGGACGGCUCCACACCUAUGGCAGAAAGAAUUGGACUCAUAGACAAAUACAACACAGACCCUGAAAUAUUUGUCUUCCUUCUGUCAACUCGUGCGGGCGGCCAGGGGAUCAACCUUGCCUCUGCUAAUGUAGUGAUUCUUCAUGAUAUUGACUGCAAUCCUUUCAACGAUAAGCAAGCAGAGGACCGCUGCCAUCGAAUGGGGCAGAGCAGGAGUGUGCAGGUUGUAAAACUGAUUAGUAAAGAUUCAAUCGAGGCCUGCAUGCUGCGUGUCGGGCAGGAGAAACUCAAACUUGAACAAGACAUGACUACUGAUGAGGGUGAAGAGGGCUCCAUGUCCGAGGAUGUGGCUGAACUGCUGAAAGCAUCACUGGGCCUGUGAUGUAAAAACAGUACAAACACUGCCUACAAUUUUCUCACCAGUAUCCAUGAUUGUGCACUUGCUAGUCAUAUGUAGGCAGUAACAGGUAUCUGUGUCAUUUGACUGAAAACUAGCCACUUUAUACUUUACUGCUGGUGUUUAUUUGGGUCCUGUUCUGUCAUAUCCUCAUUUUGUCUCGGGUUGAAAGUCUAGCACUACCUUCAUCUUAACCCUGGUUGAAUUUACUUUUUUGAUCUGUGUUGUUUUCCUAACUUUAAUGUAAUUUUUAUUUUUUUUAAAUGUGUCUUGUAUUAUGUUGUAUAUGUGCCUGUCAAAUAAAGACAGUUUUUUU